UCAGGGCUAUUGUGGUGGGAAAGGAGGGGGGUUGGUGGACGUCACGACUUGGGCUCUAUCUUCCCCUGGCCGCAGGAGUGCAGCCCCUGGGGCACUUAGCAGCAAGACAGCCCAGAGCUGCGGCGGUCCCUUCGGCCUCGGCUGCCCGGGAGCAUGGCCUAGGCAGGCGGCACCGUUGUGCGGCGCUGAGCUUCCCGACGGACCCUGGAGAUACCUGCUGCCCCCGCUUGCAGGGAAAGAUGAUUCCUGCCAGACUUGUGAGCGUGCUGCUGGCUCUGGCCCUCACCUUGCCAGGGACCCUUUGUACAAAAGGGACUGUUGGCAGGUCAUCGAUGGCCCGAUGCAGCCUCUUUGGAGGCGACUUCAUCAACACCUUUGAUGAGAGCAUGUACAGCUUUGUGGGAGAUUGCAGUUACCUCCUGGCUGGGGACUGCCAGAAACAUUCCUUCUCACUUAUCGGGGGCUUCCAAAAUGGCAAGAGAGUGAGCCUCUCCGUGUAUCUCGGAGAAUUUUUUGGCAUCCAUUUGUUUGUCAAUGGUACUGCGCUGCAGGGGACCCAAAACAUCUCUAUGCCCUAUGCCUCCAACGGGCUGUACCUGGAGACCGAGGCUGGAUCCUACAAGCUGUCCAGUGAGGCCUACGGCUUUGUGGCCAGAAUUGACGGCAGUGGCAACUUUCAAGUCCUGCUGUCAGACAGAUACUUCAACAAGACCUGUGGGCUCUGUGGCGACUAUAACAUCUUUGCCGAGGAUGACUUCAGGACACAAGAAGGGACCUUGACCUCGGACCCCUACGAAUUCGCCAACUCCUGGGCCCUGAGCAGCAGGGAACAACGGUGCAAACGGGUGUCCCCUCCCAGCAGCCCAUGCAAUGUCUCCUCUGAGGAAAUGCAGCAGGACCCAUGGGAGCAGUGCCGGCUUCUGAAGAGUGCCUCGGUGUUUGCCCGCUGCCACCCUCUGGUGGACCCUGAGCCUUUUGUGGCCCUGUGCGAAAGGGCUCUGUGCACAUGUGCCCGGGGGCUGAGGUGCCCUUGCGAGGUCCUCCUGGAGUACGCCCGGGCCUGUGCCCAGCAGGGGAUGGUCUUGUACCGCUGGACUGACCACAGCACCUGCCGACCGGCAUGCCCGGCAGGCAUGGAGUACAAGGAGUGCAUGUCCCCUUGCACCAGAACUUGCCAGAGCCUGCACGUCCAAGAAGUGUGUCAGGAGCAAUGCGUGGAUGGCUGCAGCUGCCCUGAGGGACAGCUCCUGGAUGAAGGCCGCUGCGUGGGGAGCGCUGAGUGUUCCUGUGUGCAUGCCGGGGAGCGGUACCCUCCGGGCUCCUCCCUCUUGCAGGACUGCAACACUUGCAUUUGCCGAAAUAGCCUGUGGAUCUGCAGCAAUGAAGAAUGCCCAGGGGAGUGUCUUAUCACAGGACAAUCCCACUUCAAGAGCUUUGACAACAGGUACUUCACCUUCAGUGGGGUCUGCCAGUACCUGCUGGCCCAGGACUGCCAGGACCACACCUUCUCUAUUGUCAUCGAGACUGUGCAGUGUGCUGAUGACCCGGAUGCUGUCUGCACCCGCUCAGUCACUGUCCGCCUGCCCCGACUGCACAACAGCCUUGUGAAGUUGAAGCACGGGGGAGGCGUGUCCAUGGACGGCCAGGAUGUCCAGAUCCCUCUCCUGCAAGGUGACCUCCGCAUCCAGCACACUGUGAUGGCCUCCGUGCGCCUCAGCUAUGGGGAGGACCUGCAGAUGGACUGGGAUGGCCGUGGGAGGCUGCUGGUGAUGCUGUCCCCAGUCUACGCGGGGAAGACGUGCGGCCUGUGCGGGAAUUUCAACGGCAACAGGGGAGACGACUUCAUCACGCCCGCAGGCCUGGUGGAGCCCCUGGUGGAGGACUUCGGGAACGCCUGGAAGCUGCACGGGGACUGUGAAGACCUGCAGAAGCAGCACAGCGAUCCGUGCAGCCUCAACCCGCGCCUGACCAGGUUUGCGGAGGAGGCGUGCGCCCUGCUGACGUCCUCCAAGUUCGAGGCCUGCCACCGCGCCGUGGGCCCUCUGCCCUACGUGCAGAACUGCCGCUACGACGUCUGCUCCUGCUCCGACGGCAGAGACUGCCUUUGCAGCGCCGUGGCCAACUACGCCGCCGCCUGUGCCCGGAGAGGCGUGCACAUCGGGUGGCGGGAGCCCGGCUUCUGUGCACUGAGCUGCCCACAGGGCCAGGUGUACCUGCAGUGUGGGAACCCCUGCAACAUGACCUGCCGCUCCCUUUCUUACCCGGAUGAGGACUGCGACGAGGUCUGCUUGGAAGGCUGCUUCUGCCCCCCAGGGCUGUACCUGGAUGAGAGAGGAGACUGUGUGCCCAAGGCCCAGUGCCCCUGCUACUAUGAUGGCGAGAUCUUUCAGCCCGAAGACAUUUUCUCGAACCAUCACACCAUGUGUUACUGUGAGGAUGGCUUCAUGCACUGCACCACGAGCGGAGCCCCAGGCAGCCUGCUGCCCAACACCGUGCUCAGCAGUCCCCUGUCUCACCGCAGCAAAAGGAGCCUGUCCUGCCGGCCCCCCAUGGUCAAGUUGGUGUGCCCCACUGAUAACCCAAGAGCUGAAGGGCUCGAGUGUGCCAAAACUUGCCAGAACUAUGACCUGCAGUGCAUGAGCACAGGCUGCGUCUCCGGCUGCCUCUGCCCCCCGGGGAUGGUCCGACAUGAGAACAAGUGUGUGGCGCUGGAAAGGUGUCCCUGCUUCCACCAAGGCAGAGAGUAUGCCCCAGGAGAAACUGUGAAAAUUGACUGCAACACUUGCGUCUGUCGGGACCGGAAGUGGAACUGCACGGGCCACGUGUGUGACGCCACGUGCUCUGCCAUCGGCGUGGCCCACUACUUCACCUUCGACGGGCUCAAAUACCUGUUCCCCGGGGAGUGCCAGUACGUCCUGGUGCAGGAUUACUGUGACAGUAAUCCUGGGACCUUCCGGAUCCUGGUGGGGAACGAAGGGUGCAGCUACCCUUCAGUGAAAUGCAAGAAGCGGGUCACCAUCCUGGUGGAAGGAGGAGAGAUUGAACUGUUUGAUGGGGAGGUGAAUGUGAAGAAGCCCAUGAAGGAUGAGACCCACUUUGAGGUGGUGGAGUCGGGUCAGUAUGUCAUCCUGCUGCUGGGCAAGGCACUCUCUGUGGUCUGGGACCACCGCCUGAGCAUCUCCGUGAGCCUGAAGCGGACAUACCAGGAGCGGGUGUGUGGCCUUUGUGGGAAUUUUGAUGGCAUCCAGAACAAUGACUUCACCAGCAGCAGCCUCCAGGUGGAAGAGGACCCGGUGGACUUUGGGAAUUCCUGGAAAGUGAACCCGCAGUGUGCCGGCACCAGCAAAGUGCCCCUAGACUCGUCUCCUGCUGUCUGCCACAACAACAUCAUGAAGCAGGCGAUAGUGGACUCCUCCUGCAGGAUCCUCACCAGUGAUAUUUUCCAGGACUGCAACAGGCUGGUGGACCCUGAGCCCUACCUGGACAUUUGCAUCUACGACUCUUGCUCCUGUGAGUCCCCCGGGGACUGCGCCUGCUUCUGUGACGCUGUUGCUGCCUACGCCCAUGUGUGUGCCCAGCACGGCAAGGCGGUGGCCUGGAGGACAGCCACUCUGUGUCCCCAGAACUGCGAGGAGAGGAAUCUCCACGAGAAUGGGCAUGAGUGCGAGUGGCGCUUUAACAGCUGUGCCCCUGCCUGUCCCACCACGUGCCAGCACCCCGAGCCGCUGGCGUGCCCCGUGCAGUGUGUCGAAGGCUGCCAUGCACACUGCCCUCCAGGGAAAAUCCUGGACGAGCUUUUGCAGACUUGCAUCGACCCUGAAGAUUGUCCUGUGUGUGAGGUGGCUGGUCGUCGCUUGGCCCCAGGAAAGAAGAUCACCUUGAACCCCGAUGACCCCGAGCACUGCCAGAUUUGUCAUUGUGAGGGCGUCAACCUCACCUGUGAGGCCUGCAGGGAACCUGGAGGCCUCGUGGUGCCCCCCACGGAAGGCCCCAUUGGCUCCACCACCCCAUAUGCGGAGGACACCCCAGAGCCACCUCUCCAUGACUUCUACUGCAGCAAGCUUCUGGACCUGGUUUUCCUGCUAGAUGGCUCCUCCAAGCUGUCUGAGGACGAGUUUGAAGUGCUGAAAGUCUUUGUGGUGGGCAUGAUGGAGCGUCUGCACAUCUCCCAGAAGCGGAUCCGCGUGGCCGUGGUGGAGUACCACGAUGGCUCCCAUGCCUACAUCGAGCUCAAGGACCGGAAGCGACCCUCGGAGCUGCGGCGCAUUGCCAGCCAGGUGAAGUACGUGGGCAGUGAGGUGGCCUCCACCAGCGAGGUCUUGAAGUACACACUGUUCCAGAUCUUCGGCAAGAUCGACCGCCCUGAAGCGUCCCGCAUCUCGCUGCUCCUCAUGGCCAGCCAGGAGCCCCCGAGGCUGGCCCGGAAUUUGGUCCGCUACGUGCAGGGCCUGAAGAAGAAGAAAGUCAUUGUGAUCCCCGUGGGCAUCGGGCCCCAUGCCAACCUCAAGCAGAUCCGAAACAUCGAGAAGCAGGCCCCCGAGAACAAGGCCUUUGUGCUCAGUGGUGUGGACGAGCUGGAGCAGCGAAGAGACGAGAUUAUCAGCUACCUCUGUGACCUUGCCCCGGAAGCACCUGCCCCUACUCAGCACCCCUCUAUGGUCCCGGUUACUGUGGGUCCGGAGCUCUUGGGGGUUCCCUCAUCGGGACCCAAAAGGAACUCCGUGGUUCUGGAUGUGGUGUUUGUCCUGGAAGGGUCGGACAAAAUUGGUGAGGCCAACUUUAACAAGAGUAGGGAGUUCAUGGAGGAGGUGAUUCAGCGGAUGGACGUGGGCCAGGACAGCAUCCGUGUCAUGGUGCUGCAGUACUCCUACACGGUGGCCGUGGAGCACACCUUCAGCGACACCCAGGCCAAGGCGGAGGUCCUGCAGCACGUGCGGGAGAUCCGAUACCGGGGCGGCAACAGGACCAACACCGGGCUGGCCCUGCAGUACCUGUCUGAACACAGCUUCUCUGUCAGCCAGGGGGAUCGGGAGCAGGUCCCUAACCUGGUCUACAUGGUCACAGGAAACCCCGCCUCUGAUGAGAUCAAGCGGAUGCCUGGAGACAUCCAGGUGGUGCCCAUUGGAGUGGGCCCUCACGCCGAUGUGCAGGAGCUGCAGAGUAUUAGCUGGCCCAAUGCCCCCAUCCUUAUUCAGGACUUUGAGACGCUCCCCCGAGAGGCACCUGAUCUGGUGCUGCAGAGGUGCUGCUCUGGAGAGGGGCCGCAGCCCCCCACCCUCGCCCCCACCCCAGACUGCAGCCAGCCCCUGGACGUGGCCCUCCUCCUGGACGGCUCCUCCAGUUUUCCCAAUUCUUACUUUGAGGAGAUGAAGAGUUUUGCCAAGGCUUUCAUUUCAAGAACUAAUCUAGGGCCCCGGCUCACGCAGGUCUCGGUGCUGCAAUACGGGAGCUCCACCACCACGGCUGUGCCAUGGAACGUGGCCUAUGAGAAAGCUCACCUCCUGAGCCACGUGGACCUCAUGCAGCGGGAGGGAGGCCUCAGCCACAUCGGGGAUGCUUUGGAGUAUGCUGUGCGAUAUGUCACCUCCGAAGUGCAUGGUGCCAGGCCCGGAGCCUCGAAGGCAGUGGUCAUCCUCGUCACGGAUGUCUCUGCGGAUUCAGUGGAUGCUGCAGCUGAUGCCGCCACGUCCAACCGAGUGACAGUGUUCCCCAUUGGAAUCGGGGAUCGGUAUGAUGAGGCCCAGCUGAGGAGGCUGGCAGGCCCAAACGCCGGCUCCAAUGUGCUGAGGCUCCAGCGAAUCGAAGAUCUCUCCACCAUGGCCACCCUAGGAAAUUCCUUCUUCCACAAGCUGUGCUCUGGGUUCGUUAGAGUUUGUGUGGAUGAGGAUGGGAACGAGAAGAGGCCUGGGGACAUCUGGACCUUGCCAGACCAGUGCCACACAGUGACUUGCCUGCCAGAUGGCCAGACCUUGCUGAAGAGUCAUCGGGUCAACUGUGACCGAGGGCCGAGGCCUUCCUGCCCCAAUGGCCAGCCCCCUCUCAGGGUGGAGGAGACCUGUGGCUGCCGCUGGACCUGCCCCUGUGUGUGCAUGGGCAGCUCUACCCGGCACAUCGUGACCUUUGAUGGGCAGAACUUCAAACUGACUGGCAGCUGUUCAUAUGUCCUAUUUCAAAACAAGGAGCAGGACCUGGAGGUGAUUCUCCAUAAUGGUGCCUGCAGCCCUGGGGUGAGGCAGGCCUGCAUGAAAUCCAUCGAGGUGAAGCAUGACGGCCUCUCAGUUGAGCUCCACAGUGAUAUGCAGCCGACAGUGAAUGGGAGACUGGUCCCUGUCCCAUAUGUGGGUGGGGACAUGGAAAUCAAUGUCUACGGCACCAUCAUGUAUGAGAUCAGACUCAACCAUCUUGGCCACAUCUUCACGUUCACUCCACGAAACAAUGAGUUCCAGCUGCAGCUCAGCCCCAAGACCUUUGCUUCAAAGACGUAUGGUCUUUGUGGGAUCUGUGACGAGAACGGAGCCAAUGACUUUAUGCUGAGGGAUGGCACGGUCACCACAGACUGGAGAGUGCUCGUCCAGGAAUGGACCGUGCAGCAGCCGGGGAGGACGUGCCAACCGGUCUCCUGGGAGCAGUGUCCCGUCUCCAGCAACUCCCACUGCCAGGUCCUCCUCUCAGAAUUGUUUGCUGAGUGCCACAAGGUCCUCACUCCAACCACCUUUUACGCCAUGUGCCAGCAAGACAGUUGCCACCAGGAGCAGGUGUGUGAGGCGAUUGCCUUGUAUGCCCACCUCUGUCGGACCAAGGGGGUCUGUGUUGACUGGAGGAGGACCAGUUUCUGUGAUAUGUCAUGCCCACCGUCCCUGGUGUACAACCACUGUGAGCGUGGCUGCCCCCGGCUCUGUGAAGGCAAUACAAGCUCCUGUGGGGACCAUCCCUCGGAAGGCUGCUUCUGUCCCCCAGACCAGGUCAUGCUGGAAGGUAGCUGUGUCCCCGAGGAGGCCUGUACCCAGUGUGUCAGUGAGGAUGGAGUCCGGCACCAGGUAGGAGCCCUGGCCUUUUGCCUCCCAUGGGGCUGCUUCUCUCUUGGGUCGGUAGCGUGAAGUGUUCCCCGGUGAUUGGCCCCCUCCAACUGUGGCAGCAAGGGUCAACUCUUAAGGGGAUCACUGAAGACUAGGGAAGCAGUAUGACAUAAUGGUUUUGGAGCCAGACACAUCUUGGUUCAAAUCCUGGGUCUGUCAUAUAUUAGCUGUGUAAGCAAACACCAAAGUAUUAAUAACGUGUUACUACUACUACUACUACUACUAUCAUCAUUAUAUUCAUGUAAGUAGAAGGCUAUAGGAACCCAGAAGGGGAUGGGAAAAGAAUAUUUAUACUAAUAGUGAUGUCUACUAUGAUUACAACAUAUUAUGUACCUUGCAUUGUACUAAGCCCUAUAUAUUCAUUAUCUCAACAUUUUUUGAAGGUUUGUUUUGCAGGAUAUUAACAGUUACCUGUGGUCAAGAGAGUUUAAAGAACACUAGCUAAACAGGUUUCUUUAUUGCAGCAUUCUUUAGAGCUCUUAAUGCACUAAUGUAUGGUGCAAGUAUUUCAGAGGGUUUUUUCUUCUCAACCUUAUCUGACUGUGGAACUGUGUGUGUGUGUGUGUGUGUGUAUCAUCCCCUUGGACUAUGGUUUCACAGAACACACUGGGAUGUCUUACAUCAUCUUAGUAAAUAUUUACAAGAUCUUUAAGAGAGAUUCAAGGCUCAGAAAGCUUCCUUUGCCCAGGGACAUGGUUUGUAAGUGACGAAGUUGGGAAUUGCACUCAGUAUUUAAAACUCUGUCUGACUCCAAAGAGCGUGCUCUUUCCGAUGUAUGAAAAUGCCUUUUUGCUAGGUCUUCUUUGGGCUGAUCUUCCUGGGAGUCAUGGAGUCAUCUGUUCUCAUAGCCCUCUACAGGUUAUUGAGUACAUUUUGAAAGGACACUUACCAGACCCUCCCCCAUCUUGGCCUAAGAUGGCAGUCAUAGCUUCAAAGUUGACAACACGUACAUUUGCAGUAGCUGGCCCGUGUGUGUCUGCGCACACAUAGAUGUGUGCGGGGGUCCUGUCCUUCUUCUCGGACAGUGAUACUGCAGAGCAUGGUAGAGGGAGAGCAGAUAUGACUUCUAGCAAAGGAGAGUGUAUUCUGUGAUCAGGAGCUAUACCCCAGACUUAACAUCUCCAUCAUCACCAGGGAGGACUUUUUUCACUAAGUGAACCAGGUGAGGUGACUUACUAUAUUUAAUCACAACUAGGAGAACUCACGGUAAAGCUAGCUGACCAAUCUAGAGAUUGAUGAAAACAGUAUAACUACACUAUUCUGUCCCAGACAUUGUCAGCCACGAAAUGGACCAUUUCCUUUGAUUCUCCCCAAAACUCCAUAGGGUCAUUAUUACAUGUGCCAUUGAAUGGGUGAGGAGACUGAGGCUCAGAUAAAACUAGGGUUCCUAUUCAUGACACCAGGACAUCCCAUAGUGUCCUAACCCUGCUUUUGAUCCCAUUGGAACUGGGAGCUAAACUUUGGGCUGUGUGUUCAUGGAAGCACAGGCAUUCAUCCAGCUAUUACUGGACGGCUCUCAUCUGCUCUGUUUUGUUAUUUGGCUUUAUCCUAGUGGACCCCAUUUGCUCUCACUGUGGAGUAGGUGAAUUAGGAGGGAAGACCAGUCACAAUCUACCUCUGUAUUUCAACUUGCCAAAUGAAGUAACUGCCUGUCCCGUAAUAUUCUCCAAGACGAGUAAAUAAAACCUGAUCUUCACACUCCUGGGGUCCCUCCCACUGGGCUUGAAGGGUAGGUACCAUUUAUGUGUGGUGCCAGCUCCCAGUGGUACUUUCAACCUGGAUUUGCUGGGAGUGGGAAGGUGCUCUCAGAGGGAGGCAGAAAUGGUCUCUACCCUCUUCUCUGGCAUUCUGUAAUGAGAAGGAAGCUCAAGUUUGUAAAGUGCUUCUGGCUCCCUGAUUGUCAUUUGGCUGCAGGGUGCUGAGAGCUGGAAGCUUGUGAAUUUUAUCUUAGUGUCUCCACCUACCCCCUCUGACUCGAUUUCUCCUCACCACUCCCCUCACCUCGUCCAACAGUUUGGAAUAUGCAUUUGAGUUGUGUGGAGAGUGCUUCCAAGGAGUGCAAUAUUUUGGACAUAGAAACAGUCUUAUAAAUAUAUUUCAGAACCAAGUGACAAUAAAAUGAGUUAAUCAAAAACUAUGAAGGGAACAAAGCCAGUUUUAGUUUAUUGCAGAACAUAUAGUUUAAAUGGAUGAAAACAAAUAUCUGAUCAGCCACCUGCAAUUUCAGUUUUUCCAUUCAAAGCAGAGAAAGAAUGAAAAUCUAACACAAAGAACAUUUCCAUUAAAUGAAAUGUCUUUCACCAAAAAAUAAAGCCUAGACAGCUUUUCUUCAGGGAAAUAAUCCAGGGUGUAAGUCUCUGGUGGUAACUUCAGAAGGGCAAAAUAUUUACCAGUUUCCAUAGCUCUUGUUUAUUUUACAGAACGCAGUGUGAACACGUGAGCCUUUGUGGCUGGCUCAGAGGGGAUUCAGCUGAGCACUGACUGUCCCUCUCUGGGUUGGAGGCUGUGCAGGGGGGGCAGGGGUAGCAAGGACCGCCUCCAUCACCUGGGACGAAGUGCCUGGAGCCUGUGCUUCCUGCUCUGAGGUCUCUGCUGUUCCCUGGUGGCCCAGUGCUUAAUUUUCCUGCAUCUUCCCCCAGAUCCUUGGCUGGGGUGGGUGGUGCAUGAUCACUUGCUGUGUCCCUUCUCUGACCUGGGGUUUUGAAGACUUCAGUUUUCCCUUACCAUAUUCUCUGUAGGCGGUUCUUUUGUCUUUUUUGAAUUUAGAACUGCAGCCUGCUCUCAUUCCGGUUCUGUCCUGGGAACAGUCCUGCCUGGCCCUGGAACCCAGUGGGUGAGACAGGCCGGGCUGGAGUUGGCCUGUCCUGAUGCAGGAGUGCCACCUGCUGGCGUGUUUGCUGCCUAACCGGACAGGUGAUGCCACUGCAGAGCUGGCCGCUGGUGCUUUAGCUUAGCGUGAGCGGGGAAAAGGGCUUUCUCAGGGACCAGAUUCUGUCCCCUGCCUCGGGCACGCCUCAUUAAAGCUUCCUGGGGAAAUAAAAAUAAAAUAAAAAUCCCUGGAAGAGGAGGCUUAACACCUGAUUUUGGUCAUCUGUUGAGGUCUAUUGUCCACUCUCAGGAUCGUGGGAAAAUUGUAUUACUUUUUUCUUGAAUUUAGAUAUCUAAAGUUCACAUUUAAAAAGACAUAUAUAAAUAAUAUGGUCGUCUCCUUUCUCGUUUCAUCACUUUUGCCACUUAAAGGUCUAAAUAUAGAUCCCUUGAUUGGCCAUUUUCUUGGCAUUACCAUCUGUGCAAAAAGCAGGAAAGAGGCAGGACAGAGCAAGGCCUGGGGAGAUGUGAGAUGUCCCCCUCCUCCUUCCACUCCCAGGCCUCGGAGGCCAGUGCCCUGGGCCCUCCCUGGACCUUCCCAGACCCUAGGGGAGCACUGGGCUCCUGGUGCUGGCUCCUGCCUCCUCUGUCCUGCUCACUGUCACCAGGGUUGUCCUUAUUUGGCACUCUUCUCUCUGAGGCAGGGUCCUGCUUACAAAGCGUCGGGGUGCGCCUCGCCUACCCUGUAACCCUCCCCCCACAAGCAGACAGGGAAGGUCUCUAGAAUCUUCUAGAUAUCCACAAGGACUUUCCAUCCUCUGUUCCCACUCAGAAUUCCUUCUCCUUCCCUCUGCCCAGGUCCUUCCCACUCAGCACAGAUGCACGUUUGUGAGGCCUUUCUGGAGCACCCCAGCCUCCGCAAACAUUUCUUCUGCACUGCUGUGGCUCUUGUAUUUCCCAUUUUUAAAAACAGCUUUAUUGAGGUAUAGUUUACAUACAGUAAACAGUACCUAUUCCAAGGGUACAAUUUGAUGAGUUUUGACAUAUGGACGUUCCCAUAAAGCCAUCAUCACAAUCAUGAUAAUGAACAUUUCCGUCAGCCCCCAGAGUUUCCUUAGGCCUCUUUUGAAGGCAUCCCUAGCCCCCGUCUCCCACCCCCAGGCAACCACUGCUCUGCUUCCUGUCCCUAGAGAUACAUUUACAUUUUCUGGAAUUUUCUAUAAAUGGAAUCAUGCAGUGUGUACUCCUUUUUUUUUUUUUUUUGCCUGUCUUUCACUCAGUAUGAUACUUUUGAGAUCCCUUCAUCUUGCAAGUUUCCAUAGUUUGUUUUCAUGGCUGAGUAAUAUGCCACGCCGUGAAUGUAUCACAAUUCAUUUCUCUCAUUCAACUUUUCAUUGAUGGGUCUUAUUUCCUCAGUUUGAGUGUCAGCCAUUUGAGGGCUGGGAUGGGGUUUUCGGUCCCCCCACCCUUCCCAUGGCCCCGGCAGUGUGACCUGCCUAUGGCAGGCACUGUGCUUAUGGACGAAGGCAGCUGGAGUGUAGAAAGCACGUGGUGUCUGGGGCCAGAACGUCAGGUUCAAUCCCGGGAUGCAUCUCCUGGUCACGUUCCUUGUCUGUGUCUCCAUGCAUCAUUUGUACGUGUAGAUAAUGACAGUACUUCCCUGAUACGGUUAUUGUAAGGAGUAUAAAGUGAAUAAAUGUAAAGCCCUUAGAAAGGUAUCUUGAACAUAUUUAAUGCUAGUUACUGCUGGGAAGCAGUAGAGCAUGGUGUCAAAAAGAUGGCGUGUGGGUUUAUAUCGUAGCUCUGCUGCUGUGGUAGUGUGACCCUAAGCAGGGGCCUCAGCUUUCUCAUUUGACAAGGGGGUAACACACAUGUCCUCACCAGGGGGCUGCAGUGUGGAUUAAAUGAGUCAUUUAUAUAAAACCCAUAGAAUAGGGGUGUGUGCGUGGUGCAGUCUGUUAGCGGCUGC